AUGAGUAGGAAGAUCAACUCUGAGCAUGAGCUUUGGGCGGAGUGGCACGAAGGACUGACCAAUCAUCCCUCAACCGAGUACCUAGAAGCCACGUACGGCAGAAAAUGGCGACUGUCAGCAAAGGAGUCCAAGAUUUUCUCUAUACGCCUCUGCAUCAUCAAACACCUUUCAAGACGGGUCGGCUGCGUGGUGACACCACCAGCGGCUCGCUGGCCCACUGCCAGUGGAGGAAGGGAGACGAAGAACAGUGUAGACUUGGUAUACAGCGUCUGA